AUGAUGCUUGGGUGGAAUGUAAAUGCCAAAUAUGUGGGGAAUUUCGUGAGAAGAACAAAGUUCGACUAUACGGGAGGCCAGGGAAUUGACGGCACAUAUUCGUACCGAAAGAUUGUUGCCGUGUCGAAAAGGCGAGGUGUCUGCUGGCUGGCCGAACUGCGGAACGCAGCGUCAGGAACCCGAGAGAGGCUGCGCCCAAAGAGAGGCGCAAAAAAGAUCGGAGUUGAGGUGAAAACGAAGGCAGAGAUGCCGGAGCUGAGGGCCCGGCAGUGCCUGGAGCUGCGGCGGCAGCUGGGGGCUAAUAACUCGGCCCUCACCCGGGCACUGCGGGAGGAAAACACUAAGGACAGAGAGGAGCAGAACGAAGCGGCACUGCGAAACGGCAGAGCGAAGCAUCAGUGCUGCAUGACAAGCACUGACCUCUCCCUCACAGACCUGGGCUACAUCUGCGCCACUGUCCCCAAAGCCAUGCACAACUCCCUCUGGGACACCAGGGACAUCUCCUACACGGGAUGUGCUGCACAGGUCUUUUUCUUUCUGUUCUUCAUCUCAGCUACGUUUUUCCUCCUCACCAUCAUGUGCUACGACCACUACGUGUCCAUCUGCAAACCCCUGCACUACAGCACCCUCCUGGGCAGUAGGGCUUGUGCCCACAUGGCAACAACUGCCUGGGCCACUGGGUUUCUCAAUGCUCUGAUGCACACAGCCAAUACAUUUUCCCUGCCCCUGUGCCAGGGCCAUGCCCUGGGCCAGUUCAUCUGUGAAAUCCCCUACAUCCUCCAGCUCUCCUGCUCACACUCAGGCUACCUCAGGGAACUUGGGCUUCUUGGGGUUAGUGCCUGUUUAGUGUUUGGUUGUUUUGUUUUCUUUGUUUUCUCCUACGUGCAGAUCUUCACGACUGUGCUGAGGAUCCCCUCUGAGCAGGGACGGCACAAACCCUUUUCCACGUGCCUCCCUCACCUGACCGUGGUUUCCCUGUUUAUCAGCACUGGCACAUUUGCCUACCUGAAGCCCUCGUCCAUGUCCUCCCCUUCCAUUUGUCUGAUUGUGUCAGUUCUGUACUCAGUGGUGCCUCCAAGGACAUGUGAAGGAGAAGUUAAAGAGGAGAAGAUGAAGUUAAGCCCCCAGACCCAAAUAGACAAGACCUCUUGA